AUUGACAAAUGCAAUAGCACGCGUGGGGGAAAUCAGGGGGAAACAUACACACGGAGUGGCAGUGGCAUGUGCGUGUGCGUACAGCGUAUCCCCUCCAGCCUCUAAGCUUCUAGCGCCAGCGCGAGCGUAUUCUCUAGCAUCUUUGCGUGGAAGGUUAUGUUUACUUGUACACGUGUUGGAAGAAAUCGUCUCGUGAUAUAGGAAAAAAAUGGCUAGAAAGAGUUUAGCUGACAAAAUAAAUACCUUGAUUACAGCAAAGCCGGAUUUUGGCUCGGAUGAAGAACCGGAGGAAACGAAGGCGAAAGUUGUGGAAUAUUACGAUGAGAAUGAUGUCUCGGAGGACGAGUUACGGCAAUCAAAAAUUCGCAGACAAAAUGUUGAUACCUUGGACAAAGUAGAUAAGAGGUAUGCUGGUAAAAAGGUCUCAAGAAAAGAUGUAUAUAGCGAUGAGGAUGAUAUCAGUGAAAAUGAGAGCGAAAACUCUGAGGAAUAUGUGAAAGAUGAAGAGAUAGGAAGUACAUCGGAACAAAGCAAGAAUGAAUCUUACAGCGAUGAAGAAGAUUCGCAGCAGGAGUCUCAAGAUGAUGAGAGUAUGUCUGAUGCAGAAGAGCAGGAUGAUUAUGAUAUAGAUAAUUCACUUUCUAAACAAAGAGACUCUACUAUCAAAACCAUAUCUGAAACAAAUGUUAGGGCAGAAGUAGAGAAAGGCAAUUGCAUCAGAAAUCAACUUAAAUUUUGGGAAAAUUUGUUGGAGAUGCGAAUAAAGCUGCAAAAAUGUCUUAUAACUAGUAAUCAAAUGCCACAAUAUGAUAUACAUAAGAAAUUUCGGUCAGAUACAGACUUUGUGAAGAAGACCAAUGAGACUAAAACCAAACUGGUACUGACUUUAGAUAACAUGUUACAACUGAGAGAUCUUUUAUUAAAACAAUAUUCUGAAACGAAAAAUCUAUGUACUAGUUCCAAGAAGAGAAAAGCUGAGAAUACAAACGCAAAUGAUCCAAUGGAUGAAGAAAUACCUUCUGACACUGAGGAUGCAUUAGAAAAUGAAAAGGAAUCAUCUAUUGACGAAAACGCGGAAACGGCUGAAGGACAGCCCGAAGAAAUACCCCGAAAACGUCUCAAAUACAAUGAUUACGAAAAAGUUUUACAAGAAAAUCAUGAUUCUUAUAAAGAAUAUAGAGAUUCUGUUAUAAAGAAGUGGAACGACAAGACGCGGAUUGCUACAGGUUCGAGUAAAAGCUUAGGUCAGACUACGCUUAAACAAAUUGAAUUUGCCAUGAGUGACAUAAGCAAGUUACGGAAGAAAACUCAGCUGAAACGUUCCGAGUAUAACAUCGUCGGUAAAUCUUUGUUGACUGAAGAUAACGAUGGUAGAAGAAUUCAGGAAUACGAUGCGGAAAUUUAUGAUGAUGAUGAUUUCUAUCAUCAACUGUUGAGGGACCUGAUAGAAUAUAAAUCAUCGGACGUGACGGAUCCUGUACAACUCAGCAAACAGUGGAUCCAAUUGCAAAACAUGCGUAAAAAGAUGAAGAUGAAAAUCGAUACUCGCGCGACGAAGGGUCGGAAAGUGCGAUACAAUGUUCACAAUAAAUUAGUGAAUUUUAUGGCGCCCAUCACAGUAUACGAUACAUGGACAGAUAAUGCGAAAAAUGAAUUGUAUAAUUCAUUAUUCGGUAAAAUAAAACCGACGGAUGAACAAAUAAAGCAGUAGUUAUGGAAGUCUAAAUUAUAGUCACAUAAUUUUAACUUUGUAAUAUAUAAAAAUUGAUAUAUGAAUGUAUAGAUUGACACAUAAAUUUCUCAAUCCAUCUGUUCCAUGAAUCGGAUUAAUUUAAUUAAUAUUCUUUCAUACAAAAAUACAUUUUUUUUAUCAUCGAUGAUAUUUUUAUACUUUUUAAACAAAUCUGAGUACUAUUAUUUCUAUAAAUAAUAUUAAUGUUUUGAAUCAUUAAUAUAAUAUAUUAGGUUAUUUUAUUAUGCACAUAUUAAUAAAUUAUAUACAGAUUAUAUGUUGAUUCUCUUCAAUUAAUUUUCUUAUGAUGAAUCUCGAUUUCCGCUUUAUUAAUAUCUAAUUUGCUGAUUUAAUCAGUAGGAAAUCUUAAUUGCAAUUAAUAAAAUUAGAACAAGAAAGAGAAAGCUCAAUUUUUGAUAUACAUAUAUUUAUUAUGCACAUACACACACAUGUAUAUAUCCCAACAUUUUUAUAUAAAUUUAUAUUAUCGAACACAAAAAUUAUUAGAGAUAUGUUUUAUUAUGAUACAAAAUAUUUAUUUUUAAAAUAUGCAUAUUUUAUAUAUUUUUAUACAUUUACGCACGUUAUUAAGUUGCAAAAGACUACGAUUAUCUUACAGUUUUUUUUUUAUUAAUUGGCUCAAUUCUAUCAUUUAAACUUAUGACCUUAUUCUACUUUGUUAUAUGUAGCAUAAAUAUGUACAUAUUUAUGUCGCAAUGAUAUCGAAGUGAUUGGGGACAAAGAUUGCUCCGAAAAGUAUAUUAUUACUCCCGUCAUUCGAAUGUCUCGUAAAAGAUUUCCGCGUUUAAAUUAAUUAGAUUUUAAAAUAAAAUUACGUAUAUACGAAAAUAUUUAUUACGGAAUCUUAUUAAUGCAAAUUCCAAAUAUCUAUAUAUAUGUGAUAUCUAUAUAUAUAUGUUUAUAAUUAUACUACAAUUAUGGUAAUUGCCUCAACAAUGAUAUAUUAUUAACGAUUGCAGUACUUACGUAAAAUGAUAUCUUUGUUCGUAAAUGUGUUUUGUAUAUAAUGUAUGCGUAUCUUAUGUAAAGAGCGCGCUAUUAUCUAUAAUAUCGAAUUCGACUUUUAAAUAAUUAUUUAUUGGUCCUACAAUGAAGUGCCAUCGUAUCAAUGAGAUAUUUCUUGAAGUUUUCAUGCAUAUUGAAUUUGAAACAUAUCAUAAAUAUUAGCUGCAGAUCUUUGCAAACGAUGUUUGACUUCAAUGAAUUUGCUUUUGCGUCUACCGAUUACAAUCUGAUUAAAUUUUAUUAUAUAUGAUUAAAAGUAAUUUUAUUAUCUAUAAUUAAUUUCUUAUUAUAUAUAAUUGAUUCAUCUCCUUUUCAUAAAAACUAAAAACCAGACACCCUCUGUUUAUAUUAUAUUUAUAUUCGUUUAUAUAAUAUAAAUUUUUAUCGAUGAUAAUUAAAACGAUGAGAUUUGUUCAUCGAGUAAAAAAAGAAAUCAUCGACUUACAAAAUGUAGUUAAUAGUGAAAAGAUUUGCGUCCAAUAUCCGAUAUAUAUAUAUAUAUAUAUAUAUAUAUAUAUAUAUAUAUAUAUAUAAUAAAACACGUGCGUAUUAUUGUAUAAUAAAAAUGAUUGUACGCAUAUAUAUAAAAUAUAGUGUAACAGCGAAAACGAUUGCGUUAUCCGAUAUAUGU